CCACGAACAUUCAAGUGGGCAUACUUGAUUUCCCCUCCCACAUGCUUUCUCUUUCUCUCUCUCUCUCUCUCCACCCAUUAUAUCCAUAGAUAUUAUAUAGAGACUAGAUGCCAAAAAAGAGAGACUAGAUGCCCUGCGCACUGAGAAAUACGGCCGCCAUCUUAAACCGGCCGUACUCCUAGUUUCGUUGCGCGGAAGCAGUUAAGAUGCCAGAGCACUGUGGAGCAUUUUCCUGUACUAAUCGGCGGACCAUCGCAAAUAGGGCCCGGGGGAUUACUUUUCACAAGUUUCCCAAGGACAAAGAUGUGAGGAAGAAGUGGGAAGUGGCUUUGAGGAGAGAAGGAUUCCAUGCAAGUGAUUCAUCAGUGCUUUGCUCUCAACAUUUUAAGCAGGGUGAUUUUGAUAGGACGGGUCAGAUUGUCCGACUCCGAGAUGGUGUUAUUCCAUCCGUCUUCAGCUUCCCGGUUCACCUCCAAAGAUUGGAAAAGGGCAGGGCUACGUCUACCUCCAGAAGAGCUGAAGAAAGCCUGUCCAUGGCCUCUCAGGAUUCCCAGGAAACGGCAACCUCAAGCCCACAACCUCAGCCUAAUGAUGAUCAUGGCUAUGCCUUGCCUGCUUCUCCUACGACUCUUAAGACCAGGCUCAAUGAAGCCUUGGCAAGAGUGGAAAGUCUAGAGCAAGAGAAGAAUAAUUCCAGGGCCAGAGAAAAGAGGGCAAAAACCACAGUGAAGAGUCUUUUGGGGGAUUUGAGGGAAAAGAACCUCAUUAAUGAAGAGCUCAAAGAGAAGCUUGAAUUCUACUCUGAUCUUCAGAUAGACCUCAUGGCAAAGCAAGGCCACGAGUACACAAAGGACUACCGAGAGUUCCAUCUACAUGGUCCAAAGGCAUACAAAUACCUCAGAGAGACUCAACAUUUUCCCCUCCCACAUACAAUACAAAGCAUCAUAAGUAUGGCCUCACCCCAGCCAGGUAGCCCACCUACCACAGAGCAGUAUACACCACCACCUUCUGAGACUGAGCCUGGUAAAGAACAAGAUGACUUAUCAGAACAACCAACAAGAAGAGGCGGCAAAGGGAGACCAUCAAAAUCUCUGCACACUUUUAAGUGUUCAAUCUGUCUGGAGGCCUUAACCAGCCCUUCAGCUAUUCAGAGCCACAAGCUUUCAGUACAUGGCAAAGAGAAACAGCAGCAAUACACCUGUGCUCAGUGCACUAAGACAUUCUCCAGCCAGGCACAGCUUUCCAAGCAUCAGCGCACACACUCUGCUCAGCGUCCAUUCCAGUGCCUACAGUGCCACAAGGCGUUUAAGACUCAGACGGAGUUACGCAAUCACAGCCGUUCACACACAGGUGAGAAACCUUUUGUUUGCACUGACUGCGGCAAGGCAUUUAUGCAGUCCAUUUGUCUGCGUAUCCACAUGACGCAGCACAGUGGCGAGAGGCCUCACUCCUGCCCACAUUGCUCUAAGAGCUAUCCCACAUUAUCUAAGCUCAAAGUGCAUCAACGAUCGCACACAGGGGAGAAGCCUUACUUUUGCGCAGAGUGCGGGAAGAGUUUCGCUGACCCCUCUGUGUACCGCAAGCAUUGGCGCAAUCACCAAGGCCACCGCCCGUAUGAAUGCGGGCAAUGCAGUAAAACGUACACCGAGCUGAAGGACUUGAAGAACCAUGAGCGAUCGCACACGGGGGAGAAGCCUUACCUGUGCUCUGACUGUGGUAAAGCCUUCUCUUGGCCAUCCUCUUUGGCAUGCCACUUACGAAUCCAUUCUAAGAGCAAGCCAUACCAGUGUGAGCAGUGCGGCAAAGGUUUUACCCAGCUGUCCUCAUACCAGUCUCACCUCCGCACACAUUCAGGCGAAAAGCCAUUCCUUUGUCCACAGUGCGGCAAGAUGUUUUCAGAUCCCUCUAGUUUCCGCCGACACCAGAGGGCACAUCAAGGUUUCAAGCCAUACCCCUGUGACAAGUGCACCAAGAGGUUUCGGCAGCCUGCCGACCUUGCAGUGCAUCAGCGUGUGCAUUCCGGUCAGCGGCCCUACAAAUGCCAAAGCUGCGAUAAGGCUUUUGUUGCUUCUUGGGAUUUGCGGCGACACAUGCUGGUUCACACCGGGUUGCGGCCCUUCUCCUGCACCGAGUGCGGCAAGUCCUUCGCAGAACGCUCCAGUCUGAAUAAACACAGGAGGGUGCAUUCUGGGGAGCGUCCCUUCAAAUGCCUACAGUGCUUCAAGUCCUUUGUGGUGUCCUCUAAUUUGCGCAAACAUGAGAGGACACACUUAACAGAGAGGCCCUUGCAGGACCAGCCUGCCCCUGAACCUGCUCAAGUGUUUCCCCCCACCCUCCCAAAGUUCUCAUGCUCUCACUGUGAUAAGAUAUUUGGGACCUGGGAGGAAGUGCAAGCCCAUACCAGCCUUCACAUGAUCUCUCCCCCAACUGAUUCUACGGUUUCAGCUGACAAUCAGUAUGUUUGUGUGACCUGCCAUAUAGAUUUUGCACAGCUGGCUGAUCUACAAGCACAUGAGAAAAUGCACCCUAAGCCACGACCCCACAUUUGUGACAAAUGUGGCAAAGGUUUUCUGAAUAAAGCCGGGCUUCGCAAACAUCACCGCAUCCACUCGACAAGUCGGCCCCAUUGCUGCGCUGUUUGCGGAAAGGCUUUUCUCUUUGCUGCCUAUCUUCGCAAACACUUGCGCACUCAUCGCAAAACUGAACACUCAUCCUCCCUGCCACCGACGGACAUGGCACACACCCAACCCCUACCAUCCCCACCAAGUGCUGCAUCACCUUCAGCAUCUGAGCCCAAUGCACAUUCAUUGUCCGUUCCGUUGACUUCAUUUCAGGCAAUGUCAUCCCAUGUGUAUGUAAAAGAAGAGGGGCUCUGAAAUGAUUGCUGAUCAUGUCUGCUGCUUUGAAAAUCUGAAUAAUGUAAAAAAAAAAAAAGAAAUAAUAGUAAUUGCUGUUGUGUUUAUACAAUUAAGAAAAUCUUAAAACAUUUUUUUUAAAAGAGACCAAAUCUUUCAAUGCAUUAAAGGGACAAUUCACCCAAAAUGAACAUUUUGCUAUCAACUGAAAUCCUUUAAUAAUCACACAUUCGAUUUAUUUUUAAGGUAUGCUAGUAUCAUGUUGCAGUUAUGUAUCAUAGUCACAGGUGUUAUUUGAUAUGUUUAUACACUUGCUAAUAUAUUGUAAUAUCUCUAAGAAUAUUUCAGUCAAGAGACUAGAAAUCAUGACAAAUUUUAUUAGGCAUUUCUUUCCAUCAGCUGACUGAACAAAAUUGUGUACUGACAAUUUCUUAACUAGAAUGUUAACAGCGUUUUUAUUUGACUGCUUUUUGGGGUAUCAAGUCGCUGUAUGUGUGGUGGUAAAAAAUGAUGUGAGUGAUUACUUUCUGAACAUAGUAUUUUGCUUAUAUGCUAAACAGGAUAUCAGUAAACUAGUAAUCAAAUCCCCACUUGUGUCUUUCCUUGUACCUCAGUGUCUGAGUUUUUUUCUUGAUUUAUUGUGUAUGUGAUAAAA